GCAGCACAUGCCAGGUAUGUGAAUGACCCCAUAUUCGCUAAGGUUCUUGCACACCCGAAUGACCAUAAACUGUUUGCAGUUCAUGAUGAGCUCAUCUGGCACAAGACCACUUCACAGAUGGAGGUACUGUGCAUACCCCAUGUCAAGGUAGAUGAUCAGUCACUCACCGAGAUUAUCAUCGAUGAGGGCCAUACUGUCACAGUAUUAAAUGCAAGGCAUACUGGUGACUAUGUCCAUCACUGGUACUGGUGGCCGGACAUCGGAAAAGAGAUUGCAUGA